AUGGAUGCAGAUGCGCCAGAAAAGAUCAAUAUCAGCUUGGCCGGGGAGAUAGAGGGUAAUGCCUCCACUAUUGUCGAAGUCGUAUUUGUUACAGAUGUGAUAACACCAAACUCCUGUGCCUUGCGCUCUCUGUACUUUCUCGUUCGAAAGUUGGGCACCCACGCAAAGUCGACAGACAAACACUUUAAAUUCCGAGUCUCGGAGGCUUGGGAUGAUUUACUGAAGAGAAUUCGGCCCUUUUAA